GCCAGCAGCACCGUCAGAAAGAAGGCGGCUACUGUGUGAGGUGGCCUUGGACGGCCUCUGAGCGUUUGUACCCCUCGCCCGCUACCUUCCUUCCUUUGGUUCCCACCAUGCCGAUGUACCAGGUAAAGUCCUAUCAUGGAGGCAGCGCACCUCUGCGUGUGGAGCUUCCAACCUGCAUGUACCGGCUCCCCAACGUGCACAGCAAGACCACCAGCCCCGCGACCGACGCGGGCCACGUGCAGGAAACAUCCGAGCCAUCUUUGCAAGCCCUUGAAUCCCACCAAGAUGAUAUUUUAAAGCGCUUGUAUGAGUUGAAGGCAGCAGUUGAUGGCCUUUCAAAGAUGAUUCACACUCCAGAUGCAGACUUAGAUGUAACCAACAUCCUGCAAGCUGAUGAGCCCAUACCUUUAACAACAAAUACACUGGACUUGAAUUUGGUGCUUGGAAAGGAUUAUGGGGCACUGAAAGACAUCGUGAUCAAUGCAAACCCAGCCUCCCCACCCCUUUCCUUGCUUGUGCUGCACAGGCUGCUCUGUGAACGCUACAGGGUCCUGUCCACUGUGCACAUACAUUCGUCAGUCAAGAAUGUACCUGAGAAUCUUCUAAAGUGCUUUGGGGAACAGGCUAGAAAACAGUCCCGCCACGAGUAUCAGCUGGGCUUCACUUUGAUUUGGAAGAAUGUGCCCAAGACACAAAUGAAGUUCAGCGUACAGACAAUGUGCCCCAUCGAAGGAGAAGGGAACAUUGCACGAUUCUUGUUCUCUCUGUUUGGCCAGAAGCAUAACGCUAUCAACUUAACCCUCAUUGACAGCUGGGUGGAUAUUGCCAUGUUUCAGCUGAAAGAAGGAAGCAGUAAAGAAAAAGCAGCUGUUUUCCGCUCUAUGAACUCUGCUCUGGGGAAGAGCCCAUGGCUGGUUGGGAAUGAGCUCACUGUGGCAGAUGUGGUGCUGUGGUCCGUGCUCCAGCAAACUGGGGGUGGCAGCGGGGUAGCACCCACCAAUGUGCAACGGUGGCUGAAGUCCUGUGAGAACCUUGGCCCUUUCAGCACUGCCCUUCAGCUUCUUAAGUAAUUCUAACAGCUCGUCUUCAGUAUAAGAAUGAGUUUCUUGUCUAAGAAUCACAGUCUUUUCACUAAGCCAGUCGUCGGCAUCAAUAAACAAAUAAUCUGUGGAUUUUAUUUUAAGUCAGUAAAAUCAAGUGCACUGCACUGAAAUGAUUACCA